AUGAACAUGACCCAUUUGUCUGGCAAUGACCUCAGAGUCGCACUCAGAGCUGCAGCAAGGGCACUCAUUUGGUCUCUACAGGCAAUGCCAGAACUGCAGGAAGCUAGGAUUGUGAUUAUCGGUGGCAUGGCGGUCCAACAUCAUGUGGGAGCCUACCGGAAAACCUCGGUGAGUACACUGAAGAACCGGUCUCAACGGACGCUGACGAGGUCAUUCAUCCUGGUGCAGGAUGUGGAUGUUCUGCUUUUCAGCCAUGACCAUCCCAUUGACACCCAACGGAUCCGCAAGGAGCUGGUCUCCGGAUUUUCAUAUCUCUUUAUGGAGUGUGCUCAGCCGCUGUUCUUCAAGUACAGAGAUACGCACUGUACGCACUUGGUGCAGGUGGACCUUAUCCCCCAGCAUCUGCCACCAUACCUGCCUGCGCAUGCGAUGGCGCUAAGGGAGAUAGACUUGAACUAUCUGCCGUUCAUCGUCCCGUUGGACCUCAUCGCGUACAAGGUCCACUGCUCGAGCAUGCGUCCCUAUUCGAGAAAACGAAAACAGGACGCCCGGGACGCGAGGAUGCUCUGGGGAAUGAUAUACAGUCUGAAGUCUGUUCCACUCAGCCAAGCUCAACGGCAGGCCAUAAUCUCAGGGCUGGAUCUGAUGGCAGGAAAUUCCGGAAUUUGGCGCUGGCUAAAGGGCAGGCUGAGACGAUGGGUAAAUAUCCGUCAAUCCGCCUGCAACCAAGUCGAGAGAGUGCGUCUUAUCAUGGAGCGAGAGGAGUCUGCCCUUCACAAGUUCCCCAGAACCCGUUUUACGCCCCCAGGAGAUCUUUUCGUUACCAGCGUUGGCGUGUUUGGAGAAAUCUUAGCUGCUCAGCCAUACAUGAAGACACGCCUGGUCCUGGCAUAUACAAUGUCCCGGAUUCGGACAGUCGAAUCUCUCGAAGCCCAGCUGGACCACCAUCUCGACUUACUGCGACUCUGCCGGGGCGAUAGCAUGAAUGUGCGCGGCCGUGUGCCUGCGCUGAUGCUUCGCCUCGAUAAGGACCAGAAAUGCUACGAGUUUUUAAAGUGGCACGCUGUGAUUGCGUCUGAGGAAAAUUGGGAGCCGACGCAUUGGAACCUUUCGUACCUCAAUAUCAAGAAGGCGGAUGCUUUCGAGUCUAUCGAACUCUUUGUCGCCGGAUUUCCCGACCUCUACCGGAUCGUCGCCCUAACACUUUUGAAAAUCAAGCUACUACUGCACUUGAUGAGACUAGAAGAGACCGCUCUUGUCUUGAGCCCCAAACUGCCUCCAGAGCUUGUCGACUUGAUUCAGUCGUUCGUGCCUCGCAGUCCGAUUGUUGCCGGAAAUCGCGAGUUGGUGUACGGAGCAACGCGCCAGCCUGCGAUUGAGAAACUGGAGAUAGAGAUCGACGUGCUGUGCAUGGCCACCAAUCUGCGCAAUGUGCACUUCUGGUCAAGCCUUCUGAACCCGGAGCGUAACUCAACUGUAAAGCCCAACCAUCACCAUUGGGGAACUGUGGAGGAGGCGCGUGCCAUUAUCAUGUCUGUCUAUGACGCUUGGGACGAGACUCCAGGGGCCAUCGACUUUAUCAGAAAGAAGUCGCAGGGCAGGGCUUGA